ACCUUGCUGCCAGGGUCAUGGCCUUGAGGGCAGGUGACCACAGCCAGGUUGCAAUGAACGGGCUGAAGGAGAAGGUGCUGACGCUGGACACCAUGAACCCGUGUGUUCGGAUGGUGGAGUAUGCAGUGCGAGGUCCCAUUGUGCUGCGCGCCCUCGAGCUGGAGCAGGAGCUGCGCCAGGGGGUAAAGAAGCCCUUCACUGAGGUCAUCCGCGCCAACAUCGGGGAUGCACAGGCCAUGGGCCAGAAGCCCAUCACCUUCCUGCGACAGGUCCUGGCCCUCUGCGUCCACCCUGACCUCCUGAAGAGCCCGGACUUCCCCGAGGAUGCCAAGAGAAGGGCUGAGCGCAUCUUGCAGGCGUGCGGGGGACACAGCCUGGGGGCCUACAGCGUCAGCUCCGGCAUCCAGCUGAUCCGGGAGGAUGUAGCGCGGUACAUCGAGCGGCGCGACGGAGGCAUUCCCGCCGACCCCAAUAACAUUUACCUGUCUACCGGGGCCAGCGACGCCAUCGUGACCGUGCUGAAGUUGCUGGUGGCCGGAGAGGGUCGCACGCGCACGGGUGUGCUCAUCCCCAUCCCUCAGUACCCACUCUACUCGGCCGCGCUGGCGGAGCUCAACGCUGUGCAGGUGGACUACUACUUGGACGAAGAGCGCGCGUGGGCACUCGACGUGGCCGAGCUGCGGCGGGCCCUGGGCCAGGCUCGAGAUCACUGCCGCCCUCGCGCACUCUGCGUUAUCAACCCUGGCAACCCCACUGGGCAGGUGCAAGCCCGCGAGUGCAUCGAGGCCGUGAUUCGCUUCGCUUUCGAGGAGCGCCUCUUCCUGAUGGCUGAUGAGGUGUACCAAGACAACGUGUAUGCGGAGGGCUCGCGGUUCUACUCGUUCAAGAAGGUGCUCACGGAGCUGGGGCCACCUUACGCGGCGCAGCAGGAGCUCGCCUCCUUCCACUCAGUCUCCAAAGGCUACAUGGGAGAGUGCGGGUUCCGCGGCGGCUACGUGGAGGUGGUGAACAUGGAUCCCGCGGUGCAACAGCAGAUGCAGAAGCUGCUGAGCGUGCGGCUGUGCCCGCCCGUGCCGGGCCAGGUCCUGCUGGACGCGGUGGUCAGCCCGCCCGCACCCUCGGACCCCUCCUUCGCGCUGUUCCAGGCGGAGAGGCAGGCGGUGUUGGCCGAGCUGGCGGCGAAGGCUAAGCUCACGGAGCAGGUUUUCAACGAGGCUCCCGGCAUCCGCUGCAACCCGGUGCAGGGCGCCAUGUACUCCUUCCCUCGCGUGCAGCUGCCCCCGCGCGCAGUGCAGCGCGCUCAGGAGCUGGGCCUGGCUCCUGACAUGUUCUUCUGCAUGCGCCUUCUGGAGGAGACCGGCAUCUGCGUGGUGCCCGGGAGUGGCUUCGGGCAGAGGGAAGGCACCUACCACUUCCGGAUGACCAUUCUGCCUCCCUUGGAGAAGCUGCGACCUCUGCUGGAGAAGCUGAGCCAGUUCCACGCCAAGUUCACCAGAGAGUACUCCUAACCACCCGCCUCCCCGCUUUGGGUCCAGGCUGGGCCGGCAGGGCCGACCGUGGACCUACAUGCCCAGGGCCCCGGGGGUCUCUGGAGCCCUCAGGACUUGCUCCUCCUGCCUGUGGGGCUGGGCCCCCGCCUUUCUGCAGGCCCCUAAUAAAGCUACGAAGCAGCCUGACUACUUCAGGCGUGCACACCUGU